AUGCCAGUCACCUACCACGAAAUUGUACCAGGAAGAAGUAAGGUUCCCAAUUACCUAAUUGGGGAUCCAGCCUAUCCACUUACAGCAUACUGUAUGAAGGAAUAUGAGAAAUGCUCCUGCAAUUCUGAAGUUUUAUUCAAUAACAUGUUAAGAUCAGCUAAGAAUCCAGUGGAGUGUGCUUUCGGACGGCUUAAGGCUCGAUGGAGUAUUCUUACCAAGAAGAUUGACUUAGCUUUGGAUUUUGUCCCUACUGCUAUUUAUGCAUGCUUUGUGCUCCACAACUAUUGUGAGCUUAAUAAAUGUGCAAUUGAUCAUGAACUUGUUAAAUUUCAUAUUGAGCAACACAAAAAUGAAGAUGAAAGUGAGAAUGUCCAGCCACAUCCAGUUCUUUCAGGAAGUUUGGCUGAAGGCGAAGUGGUUAGAGAUAUACUGCGAGAGUAUAUAGAAAUUGUUGAACACAGUAUGAAACAGUAG